AUGAUGAUCAAUUCGAUGGCUGCUACUGCUAGUGAGGAAUCUUUGCACACUGCUAGUCCCAACUCUGAGGCAAUCGAUCUUGGCAUUUUAAAACAUGCCAAGUCGAACGCAGGGGUAAGUGAAGAUAUAGAUCAGUUUCUUCCAAAGGAAGUUUCAUCAGCGGAAUCGGAAGAUGGCGAUGGUGAUGAUGAUAAUCUAUUGGAUGAAAUUGACGAGGGGAGGGGGAGCAGGAGCAAGAGCCAGAUGCAGGCACAGGCACAGGCACAGGCACAGGCACAGGCACAGGCACAGGCACAGGCACAGGCACAGGCACAGGCACAGGCACAGGCACAGGCACAGGUACAGGUGCACGUGAUAGAGGAGGGCUCAAGGGAAUUACGUGGUCGUCCUUCCUCAUGUGUUUUUGUUGCUAGCCUUGCUGCUUCUCUGUCGGAUGAUGAACAUUGCAUAUCUGUCACAGACAGUUUUAGACAGUAUGGUGGAUUAGCAAGAGUUAAAGUCUUGAGAGAUCAUGCUAACAGACCUUAUGCCUUUGUACAGUACAAGAAUGAUAAGGAUGCGAAACGUGCAUUGAAGAUGGCUCAAGGUUCUGUUCUGAAUGGUAGGACAUUAAGGUGUGAAUCGGCUCGUGUGAAUCGUACUCUAUUUAUUACUCAUGCGACACCUUUACAAUUCACUACGAUUGCAGAUUUAUGUGAAAAAUUUGGUGAAUUAGAACAAGUUGUACCAAACAGAGAGAAUUCACAUUUUAACAAGAAAUACAACAAUCCCGUACUAACAGGCCAUUCGUGGUUUGUUCAAUUUGCAUACAGAGAUGAUGCUAUUAGAGCAUUUGCCAAUUUGAGAAGUGAUCCGGAAUGGGAUGUUGAAUGGGUUCAAAAUAUCGAAGUACCAAGAUGUUUUAAUCUUUUGAGAAAGAAAAUUGAUGAAGAUGAAGAUGAAGGGUUUGAUGGAGAACAAGAAAAUUCAGAGGAUGAGAAUUUUGAAAAAUUUGAUACCAUAGAUAAGAGAUCAAUCUUUAUUGGUCAAUUGGAUUCAUCUGUAACAAGAGAAAAGUUGAUUGAUAGAUUUUCCAAUCAUGGUGAAAUCGUUGAUAUCAAUUUGAUCAAUAAAUCAACCAAUCUAUUUGCCUUUAUCCAAUUUAAGACGGAGGAAGCUGCAGCUGCUGCAUUGGAAAGAGAGAAUCAUGCAAUUUUCUUGAAUAAGACGAUGCAUGUUCAAUAUAAAGUGAUUGGUGGUCAUCAUAAUAGGAAACAUAGUAGGAAAAAUAGUACCCACAGGAAUUUUACGGGACCGCAAGUGAAUUUGGCACCUCCUCCAAUUAAUAUGUAUAGAAGGAGAUCAUAUGAACACGAACCAAUGAUGCCAUAUAUUACACCAGUGAUGCCAUCGCAUUCUGAUUUUGAAAUAAACCCAUACAAUAACCCCUACAUGAAGAAUGCAUUUAGGCGUAGUUCAUUACCAAGUGGUUGGUCAUCAGCAAGAAGUCUUGGUGAUGUGGGUACUGACGCUACUUCAGAUGUUUCUGCAUCUGCUGGCAAGGCAAAUUCUACGACGACUUAUAACAACUCAUCUGCUGGCAGUCUUGGGCAAAACAAUUCGAAUGAAAAUACCAAAAAUAACAAUUCGAAGAAUAAGAAGAAAUUCUCCAAGCGUAAUAACUUUAAUGAACCUCCAAAACCAUAUUAUUUCCAGCCAUAUUAUUAUCACCCAAUGCAUUAUCGAAUGAGUCCCAUGGGUCCAACCCACCCAUCUGCAGGGCCAGGUGUUAAUCAUCCAUAUAUGAUGGUAUACCCCAUGCCUCCACCACCACCAACUGAUGUGGAAGGUACAAUGAUGGCACCACCAAUGCCCAUGGGUCAGGCCGAUCCAAGAUUACAUGGGUCUUCACCAAUGGGUCAAACACCCUUUGUACCAAAUGAAUCUAACGAAUUCUCUGGUGGUAAUAAACCAUACAAUUUGGAUUAUUGA